AAGAAGAGCUUAUUGGGGAACCGAUAAGCAUCCGGAAUUGAUCCUGCGAGAGGUUAUACCUGAACAUGAGAACGUGUCGGCCACUACGUCACCCGUUUACCCGUCACCUCCCGUGGUCGAAUCACAGAGGCUUAUUCGCGGAGGUUCGAUCGAUUCAUUGAUUCAUGAGCUCAUAUUUGAAACUCAGAAAGGUCUAAGGGAUGAUGAUGAGUUCCUCCAUGCGUUCCUGUUAACGUAUCCCCUGUUUACCGAGCCAGCUGCUUUGUUUCGUGAAUUGCGUCGUUGUGGUAGCAUGCAAAGUUCCCUUAGUGAUAAUGAUGAACGAAAGAAAUCAAAUGCCAUCAGCAGAAGACUGAUCACCGUUUUAACCACGUGGUGUAAGAGAUACGGUCGAGAUUUGUCGCGUGAUGAGGUGUACAAUGAGAUGAUGGAAACCGUGGAAGUUUUAAUAAAGGAAGGGAUCGCAGAAGGUGAAGAGUUAAAGAAAUUGAUGCAGGAGACUCGUGACAACCUGCAAAGCGUCGUGGACGACUAUGAGGAUGAAUCAUUGGUUUCUCAUAAGGGUCCUCCAACCCCAUUUUCCUUGGAUCUUUCCAAUUUACUUGUCACAGGCUUAACCCCUGCUCUGUUCUUGAAGAUGGUCCCAGAGGAAUUGGCUCAACAAUUGUAUAUUUAUCAUUUCCUGGAACUUAAAAAGACAAAUCCGAGGCAAGAUCUGAAAAUUUUCGUUCCGUCAAAACCCCGACCGGAUUCACACACAAGAGAGAAUCCAUUGAACGCCAAUCCCUCCGCUCCUCAUUUUAUAACGAGAUUAAUAUACCAUCACAUAUUAAUCUCGACUCAGCAGUCAGCUUAUACCAGUCGUCGACCUCUAUUAUUGACUCAGUGGAUAAAGACCGGCGUAGCAUGCAAAACGUUAUGCGAUAUGACAGGUUGGAUGGCGGUUGCUUCGGCCAUUUGUUCACCUGCCAUUGUACGUCUAAAGGAAACGUGGCGACGCGUUGAUAAGCAGUGGAUCAAGAUUGUUGUCAAGGAUUGGGUUCCAAUUUUA